AUGCCGGGGGAGAGGCUGGGCGAAGCGGGCACAGUGGUGUUGAGCGGCCCUGACCACCCCUUGUUCCUGUUCAACUGCGACCCGGAGGAUGUGUGGCACCGGGACCUACGCACGAGCGGUGCCAUGAAGUCCUUCCUUCACGCCUACCAACAGCUUGGGGUGCUCCUUCCCGACCACACGCGCCCACGAGGCUCGAGAGAGCACGGCAGCCUCGACUUCCAGGUGGUGAGCCAGGUGUACGACGACGGGAGGGUGGACGCUGAUGCUCCGCUCACUGGCGAGACGUUGGGAGACAACACCAAGCCCUUUCCCUGGCCCGACGACACAUUCGACUUGGUGCUGGGAAGAGGGGUGGUAUGCUUGUGUGAGAUCAACAAGGCGGGCGGGCCUUGUGGCGUGCCCUGCAAUCUGGUGCCGUUCAUGACGGAGGUAGCUCGAGUCCUGCGAAGGUCGAGCCCAGGGAGGCCACCGCACCAAGCGCUGCUCCACGGGGACAAGGCAGGUGGCACCGAGCGCUGUCUGGCGCUUUGGCGAGAGGCGGCUCGAGCCCUUCCUCCCCACAUUCUAGUGACGCCGCUCAUCUACGAGAAUCGCUUGCGAGGCAUUCGGAUCGUCAAGGUGUAG